GGCAGUCCACGUCCUGUCUCCUUCCGUCGUCUCUUCCUAUUCUGGCACCUUGAUUGCAUACAGCUCACAGCACACCACCACCACCACCACCUACCCGCCGAGGGUGCAGAUAUCCGUUUGUGUGGGUACCCCGCGCCUGACCAACCCGUCCAGUCUGGUGAGCCUCUAUCGCUCGGAUCUGGAACCGGAUAGACGCUACCACCUACCUCACUAAGGCAGUCAUUGGAGUCUUCCAUCUAGAAAUCUACGUCUGUUUUACUCGGCAGAGCAGGUGUUGCGCCUUUGGAAUCCGUACCCACCGUCACUGCCGUCAUCGCCCGCCACUAUUCACUCCCUGCUGGACGAGGGGGGCUAUGCUCUCUAGUCACUCACAUAUUCACUAUCUCUGUCUCUCUAUCUCUCUCUUUGUAGCAGAAACAGCAGCAACAUAUUUUUUCUUGAGGCCUUUAUAUUCCCAACGACGCCCUCUGAGGUAGUAGUUCGGUCUGCUGGCUUCCAAAUCUCCGCUCUUCGCUAUCUUAGGUCAUACUGUCUGACGAGGCUUCUUCAUCUUGCAUCGUCUUGCACCUCGUCGCGCGAGGCUCGUGACUUUUGUGUGAUAAACAUAUGACACUCGAGAUAAUGAGCACGACAGAAUUGUAACGCCGCUUCUUGAAUAGAAGAAUUAUUCCUAUUUCCGCCAGAUCUACGAUCAGGCGGCACAGAUCCGGAUCGACCGCAUCCUGGACCCCAAGUCCAAUCAAAAGCCCCGAUAUCAGUACCUCACAGUUACUAUCCCAGCCGCCUGCAUGACACUCAACUCAAUCUGGAGGGCGCUGCCGCCCUCCAGUACCAGGAGUCUAGGCCGUUGUUUCCGCCCGGGAAAUAAGCUGCAGAUCUCUACCAGCAGCGCCGCUUUGGCUGGCGCUGCAAGGUCGUUGGCCGUAGCCAACAAGGCCAUCCAGAGAAGAUAUACCAGCACGACGAGCAAAUCAUCAUCUCAGAGUGCUCAUACACAACAGAGUCCGGCUUCAAAGUGGAGCGGGAACGGAGUCUUUGGUAUCGCCCUCGUCGCCGGCCUAGUGGGCUGGGGUCUUGCGACCACGACAAUGGGGCGUGAUGGAAAAGGCGCCAUGUUGUUGGACAGCAUUGGGCACUUUCCGCGGUAUGCGAGUAUGAGGGAGAUGGAAAUUGCCAUUGAAGAGAUCCGAGAUGAGCUCGGGGCUGAGGACGACAUCAUCUCCACUGACCCGGAUGACCUGCAUGCACACGGCUAUUCAGAGUGGAGCACGACCAACCCAGACGGCUUGCCAGUGGCCGUAGCCUACCCACGAAGCACAGAGCAAGUGAGCACGAUCGCACGGAUUUGCUACAAGUACCGCGUGCCCAUCAUUGCGUACUCUGGUGGCAGCUCGCUCGAGGGAAACUUCUCAGCGCCGUUUGGGGGCGUCAGUGUCGACUUUGCCUACAUGGACCAGAUCAUCCAAUUCAACCAGGAGGAUAUGGAUAUUGUAGUGCAGCCUAGUAUUGGAUGGCAGGAUCUCAAUGCCCACCUUGCCAAGAUGGGCAGUGGCCUCUUCUUUCCAGUUGAUCCUGGUCCAUCUGCCAAGAUCGGAGGAAUGAUUGGCACAAACUGUUCCGGGACGAAUGCUGUCAAGUAUGGCACAAUGAAGGACUGGGUCAUCAACCUCACGGUCGUGCUCGCUGAUGGGACUAUCAUCAAGACGCGUCGGCGACCGAGGAAGUCCUCCGCUGGGUAUAAUUUGAACGGACUAUUUGUAGGGUCAGAAGGCACGCUGGGACUGGUCACAGAAGCCACGCUCAAGCUCACCGUGGUCCCCGAAGACCUUUCCGUAGCGGUCGUCACCUUCCCCACAAUCCGCGACGCAGCAGCUGCCGCGGCAGAGGUGAUGCAGACGGGCGUGCCCGUCGCGGCCAUGGAGAUCAUGGACGAGGUGCAGAUGCGCGUGGUCAACCUAGGAGGCGCAACUGCCCCGCGCGUGUGGAAGGAGAUGCCGACGUUGUUCUUUAAAUUUGCCGGCACCAAGGCCAGCGUGAAGGAAAAUAUCGGCACGGUGCAGAGCAUUGCGAGGAGGAAUGCAGGCAGCAACUUUGAGUUUGCAAAGGAUGCGCGCGAGCAGAAGCUACUGUGGAGCGCGCGAAAGGAGAGUUUGUGGAGCAUGCUCGCACUCCGGAGGGAGGGGGAGGAAGUUUGGAGCACUGACGUGGCUGUCCCCUUCAGCCGGCUUGCCGACAUUAUCGAGGUCAGCAAGAAGGAAAUGGAUGACCUAGGCCUGUUCGCCUCGAUUUUGGGACAUAUUGGUGACGGCAACUUCCACGAGAGCAUCAUCUACAACCCUGUCAAUGGUGAGCGGGAGAAGGUUGAGGAGUGUGUCAAGAAUAUGGUCAAGCGUGCCCUCGACAUGGAAGGGACGUGUACAGGGGAGCACUCGAUUGGCUGGGGCAAGAAAGACAGCCUCUUGUUGGAGGUCGGGCCUGAGACGCUUGCGGUCAUGAGGGCAAUCAAGGCCGCCUUGGACCCGUAUUGGAUCUUGAACCCUGGGAAGAUCUUCGAUCGGCAUGUCUGAGUCUUACUUAAAUACGGGCCUCGAGAUGGCCUUCGUGCAGAUGAUGGAACUUGAGAACAAUAAGCUCGAGUUCUGGCGCCAGGGUAAAAAGUGAGGCAGGGCAUCGACUGAUAAAUGAAAACGGUGAUGAGUGGCAUUGUCUCUUGAGUCAAAAAGAAAGAAAACAAGGAUGAAAUCCAAGCACAAUGGCAUGGACAGGUUCAGCAUUCGGUAGAUCCUGGCAGCAUUUUAAAAGUUCAUGACAGUUUCAUCUCGGGGUACAUUUCUGGACUUGCUACAUACUGUGUGGUGUGUGAACAGACAAGAGGAACUUUGUUCUCUGUACACACUUGAUUUAGGAAAUCAGACUGUACUGGAGCGUCCUGACCCUUCUACGUUCCUAUGAUGGGGACAACAACACCGUCAUCAACGCUUCACUCUCACUG